AUGGCUCAAUCUGCCCCCCCUCCAGCCAGCCUUCCCAGCCUCAUCAUCAAUGCAGCUAGCAAGCUUGCAUCCGAGAAACUUGGUGCAAAUCAUAUCAAGGAAACCACCUCCAUCCUGUCCAAAUACUUUGCUCUCACCAAGACAUUAUGGUGA